UUAAAAUUGAAACAAACGAUCAUAAAACAUCCGUUUAUUAUCAAGAAGUUUCUGAGGUUAAACAAACCGACAAACCUUACACCCUUGAUGUUAAGUCCGACAACAACGUUAAUGAUGAUGAUGACAAUGAGACCUGGUACCCUUGUAACGACAAGAUUCCAGAAGAAUGGUUGGGUUCGAACGACCAUAAAGAACUUACUAAAGCCGAAUUGAAAGUCAUGAAGAGUUUAGAUAAAAGCGACGAACCUGAUAACUAUAAAGAAGCUGAUAAAAAGAUCGAAUACACUGAUGAUACUAAAAAAAAUAGUAAAUAUUCAGCUGUCUCUCCGAAGCUUAUACCUAUAGAGAAAAACUAUCUACUGAAAAUUGGUGCUAAACAAGACCAACAUCAGUCACUUACCGGUCAUUAG